UUUGAAAUGGUACUGAUAAUAAUUGGGCCUGGAUUAUGUGCUAUUAAUAAUAAUCUUCGUAAUAGAAAGCCAAUAUAGGAGGAGAAGCAAUUGCUUAUCGCCAUUUGGUUUAUGGCAAUGCCUGAUUCGUACAGAUCUAUUGCUACAAAAUUCGGUGUAGGGAGGGCUAUGGCUUUUCGAGCAUUAUGGCGAGUGACUUAUACUCUUCAUUGUGUGGCACCUCGUUUUAUUAGAUGGCCAAGAAAUCAAGUUGCUUUAGAUGUGAUUGAGCGAUUCCAACGAUCAUGUGGUUUUCCUAAUGUUAUUGGCGCCAUUGAUGGAACGCAUAUUAAAAUCCGAACUUCCAAUGAAGAUGCAGACUCCUACAUAAAUAGAAAAGGCUUUCACUCCAUGAAUGUUCAAAUGAUUUGUGAUUCUCGAGGGUUAUUUACGCAUUGUUACGCGGGACAGAAGAUUCUCACAUCAUUGGAGAUGCUGCCUAUAAUAUUCACCCGAACAUUAUGGUGCCAUUUAGAAAUGGGCAUCUAACCCGUCGACAAAGAAAUUUUAAUUUUUGUUUAUCAUCAACACGAAUGGCUAUUGAAAGAGUGAUAGGGCAACUCAAAAUUCGUUUUAGAAUAUUACUUGAUUGUUUGCCAUUAACAGAUACCAAGAAAAUCCCAGAAUUUAUAAUUGCGUGUUGCGUAUUACAUAAUAUUUGUUUACUACAAAACGACGAAAUGGUUAUAGGUUUAGUACAACAUGACGAUGAAGCAAACAUUGUAUGGGAUAAUGCGGGUAAUGCAAAUAAUG